AUGCUGCGAAAUAUAGCCUAUCUUUAUAUUUUACCUAACCGACUCCAAAUUGUAAAUCUCUCUGGGUUCGUCACUAUAAGUGGUAGUCUGACAGUCGGCAAAAGAACGGCUGGCAGACGAGACGUCGUGGCAAACGUCACACGUCGGUGCAAUGUCCGAGGUUGCAUCGGCAUCGAGGCAACGUUCGAUAAUUGCCUGGUCGUCGAAGCAACCGCAGACGUCGCGACAAAACUCAGUCGUUGCCUAGUAACGGCCGGGAGACGAGACGGCGUGGGAUACACCACAGGCCGGUACAUUAUCCGAGGUUGCAUAGGCGUCGCGGCAACGAUCGAUGAUUGCCUCGUCUUUGAAGCAAACUUGGGGACAACCAUCGGUGGUUGCCUCAAGGACGAUGCUGCCACAGGCGUCGGAAUAAUAAUCGGUAGUUGCCUUGACGACGAUGCUGCCACAUGCGUCGGAACAACCAACGGCGGUUGCCUCGACGACGAUGCUAUCACAGACGUCGGAGUAACCGUCGAUGGCGAUUUCCGGGACGACGAGGCGACUUGCGAAGAUCGACACGGCGUCGAGGCAAACAUCGAGAAUUCUCGAGACGACGACGCGAUGGGAGACGCCGAAAGCGACGCGACAGGAGACGUCGACGUCAGAUUUAAUAAAGCUGCCAAUGAAUCAUAUUUACCUUCGAUAAACGGAAUAUGCUUGAAGUUAAACUUUUUUUUUAAAUAA